UUCUGCACAAAGUCUGUGCAGCCACUGGCACUGUGCUUGCAGUAAAAUAUUAGAGGGAUGCGCGCUAAUUCUAGCUGUUAGCUAUUUGUUUACAGAAAGGCAUGCAUAUUAAUAUCUGAAAAUAACACGCUUAUUAUUAUCGCUGCACACUGCAGAUAUGUAAAUAAGGUAGAAUAGACGAAAUAGGUCGAAGACCUCUGCAAGAAGGCUGUGCUAGCCAGGAAGCUAGCUAGCUUGCCAUUUUCAUCCAGUGGCCAGCUAGUCAAGUUAGCCAUGCUAAUUGCCCGUGCGGGGUUGACUGAGAGCUUGAGGUGACAGACUGCCAAGGAAACCCACUCGACCAAAGCAGGUGCAUCGCUCAGGUAACCUCACACAUCCUAGAAUACCUGCACAGUGGAUACAACCUCUAAGCAUUCCCAUGAGGGUUUAAGGGGAGGCACCCGGCCCCACAGUGGCCCAUGCUCCGUACCCCCUUCCCUCCCUGCCUUCCCUCCCCUUCAAGCUGACUCAGAACCGACAGGCACUCUCCCGGCACCACCUCGUCCCUCAUCCUCAGGCCAUGGCUGCGGGCACAGAGACUGUGCACUACAUCCACCUGCACAACUCCAGCCAGUCUGUUCUGGAGGCUUUACGGACGCAGCGGCGUGAAGGCCUCUUCUGCGACGUGACGGUGCGCAUCCACGACGCCUCGCUGCGUGCCCAUGCCUGCGUGCUGGCCGCUGGCAGCCCUUUCUUCCAGGACAAGCUGCUGCUUGGCCACUCGGAGAUCUCGGUGCCGCCGCUUGUCCCCGCUGAGACGGUGAAGCAGCUGGUGGACUUUAUGUACAGCGGCUCGCUGGUGGUGGUGCAGUCGCAGGCCCUCUGCAUCCUCACCGCCGCCAGCAUCCUGCAGAUUAAGACAGUCAUUGACGAGUGCACCCAGAUCAUAUCCCAGAGGAAGGUGGCUGCUGCGGCGGCAGCCGCAGCAAGUGGAGGUUGCGGUGGAGGAGGAGGAGGGGGGAUGACAGGUGGGGUCCUGCCCAAGCAGGAGGAGCGGGGAGGGGGUAAAGGGAGGGAGAGCGGUAGUGGUUGUAUUGGUGGUGGUGGCAGAGUCAGCGUUGGUGGGGGUUACCAGAGCUUCUCGAACUUCGCCUUGGGGGACUGCGGGGCGAGCAACAUGGUCACAGGCCUGGGCGGAGCUAACUUGAGCGUUAAUGUUAGCGAGAGCGGCCCAGGAGGCGCCCUGGAGCAGGCUAACCAGGUGGGGCUGAUGGCUCUAGCUGACAUGGGCAGCCCCGGGGCCCUGUGUGGGGCCGACGGGCUGAGCUCAGGGGCCGGCGGAGUCCUAAUGAAGAACUCAAGUUGCACUCAGGACGUGAGGUACAAGCUGAGGGACCUGCUAGCGGCGACCGCUAACGGCGCCAAUGCUGGAAGCUCAGGAAAUCUCUCGGUCGGCUGCAGCUCUGGUGUCAGCAGCGUGGACAGCAUUGGCCAGGACCGUAUCCGCAGCAACGCGGCAGACCUCUCGGAGGAGCUCGUGGGGAUGGACAGAUACUGCGAGGAGGAGGAGAUGGAUGGACAUCACAGAGGGAGAGACGUGGACAGGGACAGAGGGGCAGGAGGACACAGCCGCAAGCAGAGGCAGCCGCUCAGGCUUCAGGUUCUUGUAGGAGAGGAAGUGGUGGUGAAGGAUGAAGGAGUGCAGGAGCCGGAUGGAGGGGUCUUCGGCUUGGAGGAGGGAAGACGAGUUGAAGGGCAGGAGGGCACACAGGGAUCCAUGGCAACCUUCGGCCAGGAGGGUGUGUUCUAUGAUGAGCCUGGAGUUUUCUCCCCCGAGGCUUUCUGGCCCCAGAAUGAGACGGCUCAGGCCAUGUCCUUCAACCCCAGAGGAGGAGGAAACAAGCCACUGUCUCCCCCUACCUCCACACAGUCCAUCAACAACCAGCUACUUUUUCAGUACCCAGUCAGCCAAUCACAGCCAUCAGCCUCAUUCUUUGUGGGCGGGCCGAUGGUGAUUGACAGCAUGGCAGGAACGGAGCCCAGCCAACAGGCUCCGCCCCCGGCACCAAUGACCCCUGUUUUGUCAACCUGUGGAACGCCAGGCCCCUCCCCUUCCUCCCAGGGAUCUGAGACGUCAUUCGACUGCACUCACUGUGGGAAAUCGUUACGUUCCAGGAAGAACUACAGCAAGCACAUGUUCAUACACUCCGGUCAAAAGCCUCAUCAGUGCAGUAUCUGCUGGCGCUCUUUCUCCCUGCGCGACUACCUCCUCAAGCACAUGGUGGUGCACACGGGCGUGCGCGCCUUCCAGUGCUCCGUGUGCGGCAAGCGCUUCACACAGAAGAGCUCACUCAACGUGCACAUGCGCACGCACCGGGCCGAGCGCACCUUCCAGUGCACCGUGUGCCACCGGGCCUUCACCCACCGCACCCUGCUGGAGCGCCACGCACUGCAACACGCCCACCACGGGGCCACCCAGGGCCAAGGGCAGGGACAGGGCCUCCAGCAGACCCCCAAACACAGCCCUCCAGCCCUGGCAGGGCCCUCGGGCAUGCGCGGCUCACCUGGGAUGGGCGGCACCAUGGCCAACAUGCCCAGUCACAGGCCACCCUCCUAGAAGGAAAGCGAGGGGGAGGAUGGCCCAAUCCCAAACUGAUCUGUCACCCCUAUCGAGGAGCCCUUUUCUGAUCUGAGAGGAUUGCUAGGUAUGAGCAACAUGGUGGAUGCUCCAUCUAGACCUAUCGGAGCCUGGAUGGAGUUUGUGCCAUAUUUCUUACACAUGAAGCCCUUGCAGAUAUGCAAGAGGGAGUUGCCAAUGAUG